CAGUUGAGUGAGUCAAGUAUUUUAUUUCAAUCUUUUACGAAAUGUGUUAUUCAAGUAAUUGGCCAAAUGUAAUGAGUAGCGUAUAAUCGUUACAAUCUGCAAAUAAAUUAGAAACCAGAAUAUAAUUGAGCUGUAACAAGAACAUUGAACGGUAUUAGAUAGCUUGACCAUAAUUCAGAUCAAUAUAGGUCAUCUGGGAAAUAAGCGUAAAGAUAAAUAAUGAUGUUUUGGGUAUUACUGGGAAUCUUGUGCGCAUCCACGUUCGUGAAAAGCUCAUAUCGUGUUAAUCCCGGACCAUUGGUGAACGCUACUCGAGGUGAACCAUGGCCUCAACCUUAUCAAACGAUAAAAUACGACGGAUUCCUCGUUCUUCGGCCAUCGGUAUUUCAGUUUGUGGUAACUGGAGAGACCUGCGAUAUUCUCGAAGAUGCGAUUCAACGUUACACAGCCAUCGUGACUUUGGAGGCUAGUGUGGCUUCUAAGGAAGUCAGAUCGGCACCACGGACGCACGCAAGGCACCACCCUUCAUUUGCCGGAAACCUUGUCUCCUUGAACGUCCGUCUAGUAAGCCCUUGCGAGCACAUGCCCCAUCUGAACAUGAACGAAUCCUAUGUCUUGGAUAUACGCAAUGCAACAGAAGCAGGAAGUCUCGAAGCCGAGAGUAUAUGGGGUAUUCUUCGAGGUCUCGAAACGUUUACCCACCUCCUAUCGCGUUCCGGGGAUGGGCCGAAUCUUGCAUUGAAGUGUCAGACCAUAAUUGACAAGCCACUAUUACAACAUCGCGGUCUCCUUCUGGAUACUUCACGUCACUACCUUCCAGUUUCGGACAUACUGCGAACCUUGGAUGCAAUGUCGUACAACAAGAUGAACGUAUUUCAUUGGCAUAUUACUGAUGACCAAAGUUUCCCGUAUCAAAGUACCCGUUUUCCAGAGCUCUCUGCCAAGGGUGCCUACCACCCCACGCUGACAUAUUCGCCGGAGAACGUACAGAAGAUCAUUGAAUAUGCGAGGUACCGGGGUAUCCGAGUGAUACCUGAAUUUGACACACCGGGUCAUACCAGGUCUUGGGGAGAAUCACACCCUGACCUACUCACCCCAUGCUACGACGAUAGCACGGGAGCUCCGGAUGGCACCUUGGGGCCGCUUGACCCAACGGAGUCUAAGCUCUACCCAUUCAUUCGUGAAUUAUUUACCGAGAUCGGCGUCACCUUUCCCGAACGGUACAUUCACCUUGGUGGCGACGAAGUGCCGUUUGAUUGCUGGGCCAGUAAUCCACGCAUUCGUGAGUACAUGCGCCAACAUCACAUGAACGGUAGAUAUGAACAACUAGAGGCAGAGUACAUUCAGAAACUUCUGAAUAUCACUCAGGAUCUCAAUACGACCUCUAUCGUUUGGCAGGAGGUUUUCGAUAACGGUGUUCAUCUUUCGCCGGAAACGGUGGUCCAUGUAUGGACGGGUAAUCAAGAGCGCAAAUUGGCAGCUGUAACCAAGGCGGGAUUUCAUGCGUUGCUAUCAGCAUGCUGGUACCUUGACCGUCUUGCGACUGGUGGGGAUUGGCGCAAAUUUUACGCUUGUGAUCCUCUUCAAUUUCCAAGCACCGUUCAACAACAGGAGUUGGUGAUGGGCGGCGAAGCCUGCAUGUGGGGAGAAGUUGUCGACAGUACGAACGUCCAUCCAAGAAUAUGGCCAAGAGCAAGUGCUACAGCCGAGAGACUGUGGAGCCACGAACGAAACCCUUCUGCGAGUUAUGCAGCUCAACGCCUCGAAGAGCACGCCUGUCGUAUGAAUAGACGCGGCAUACCCGCGCAACCGCCGAAUGGUCCUGGAUUCUGUAUCCAAUGAUGCAUGAAUUAAUUUUCCUUCCAAGUUUGAUUCAUUUAGUCGGGUGAUUGGUACAAGAAAUGAGAUUCCGCAAGCAUAUUGAU